AUUUACAAAGAAACAUUGGAAUGUUUGUAAACUAAUAAAAAAUUUUCAUUCAAUUCGAUUUUCUAAAAUAUAAAAGAUAGAAAUUUUGUAAAUAUAAGAUUAGGACACAACUAGAAAAUGAAAAAAAGUUUAUCAAAAUAAUAAUUAAAAGCAGAUACACCUUAAUCAAAAAAUCCUCUUAUGACUACCAGUAAUUACAGCUCUUAACAGAAAUAGUUACUAACUGAUUCUUCAUUAGUUUAAAUUGGAAGCGAUUUUUGCAGUAACUAUAAAAACUAUCAAAAUUCAGGCAAUUCUAAUUCAGGAUACAAGCAAAAAUAAAAUCAGUUGCAAAUGCAAAAUGUUUAAGCCAAUGAAGAAAAUUGGAUUCAUAAACAAAAAUAAUUAAAUCAAAUAAUAAAACAGAUAUGUGAUCCAAGCCAGAAUAUAAAUGAAAUCAACAAUGAGCACUUAUAAAAUUUGAAUAUUCCUCCUCUUACUUAUGUUUCUGCAUCAAAAGCUUAUAUAUCUUAAAAGAAGAAAAGCACAAAUCAAGAGUAGCCUCAAAAUAAGGAAUAAUUAAAAAUAAAUAGAGCAGGAUCGUUAGAAUACAAAAAUUAUUAAAACAAACCAUCAUCACAGGGUUAGCAAUAAACACUAAUUAGUAACUUCUAAGAAAUAUCUAAAAAAAAUAGCUAUAAUAGAUUAGAUUUACCUUAAACCUAAAAUCAAAAAAACAAAUCAAAAGCCAAUACACCAAGCUAAUCGAAAAAUUCAAACUUAAAUAAUAGCUCAUUAAAUACAACCCAAUAAAGAAGACUAUCUGUUUAUGAUUUAAAUAUCGUCAAAAGCAAGUAAAAUCAAACAAAUAAUGAUUAAUAGUAAACAUAAUAUUUUUCAGUUAAUAAUAAUCACUUAAAUUGCAUCUUACCUUAAAGGACUGAUAGUAAAGGCAAUACUUAUUCUUAAAUUCCUAAUUUUGAAAGAGGUGAGUCAUCAAGCAGUGCAAAAAAGAGCUCUAAAAAAAAUACUGACAAUCAUAAUUCUGCUAGUUCAUAAUCUCCUAGCUAAUCUAAAUAACCAUAGGCAGAUAAUUAACAAUCUAACAAUCAAUUAGCUUCUUAAAAUAUAGAUAGGAAAUUAUAAAACGUAGGUAGUUCUAGCACUAAUUAUUCUUUAAAUAGCAAUGGUGCAGUAGCACAAAAUAAUUUUUAUUCUUAAGGAAAUUAAAAUUCAAUAAUGAGCUCUUAAAAUAAUUCAAGUAAUAACCAAAAUUCAUAAGCAAAUAGCUAGUAAAAUCCUCCCUACAUAAGCUAAACUACUUCAUAUUACUCUACUUAAAAUAAUAAUAACAGAGAAAUUUAAUCAUUUAUUAUGAAUGAAAAAAUGGUAAAUAAUGAGUACAAACAAAAAUUAAAUUAGGAGGAAGAGAUGAAUUCAUUAAAACAAAAAAUUGGAAACUUAGAGAAAUAAAAUGAUGAUUUAAGAGAUAACUGCUAAUCAUUAGAAAAGGAAAACCAAUAACUUCGUAGGAUACUAUCAGAAUAAGAACAAGUCAUGUCUAAAAUGAAAAAUUUAUAUUCUUCUCUUGGAAAUGAUGAUUCAAAUUAUAAGUCAAACCACCCAAAUGAUCAAGACUACAACUCAAAUUAGAUUACUUAAUAAAAUGAUAACCUACAUACCAAAGAAAACUAUGCAAAAUAUGAAUUUGAAAAUAACUAGCUAAGACUUAAGAACUAAGAAUUUUCGAUAAGGAUCAAAGUUCUUUAAGAAAACAUCCGUGAAUUAGAAUACAAAAGCAAGGAUUAUUAAUCGGAUAUUGGCAACUUGAUUGAAGUAAAAAAAUAGCUGGAAUUGGAUUUGCUACAAGCUAAAAAUGACGCAGAAUAAAAGUAACAAAUAAUCAAUUCAAUUAUGAAAUAAAGAGGUUAAGAAGAAAUAUUGAAUUAAUAAAAUGAUUAAACUGAAGAAAAUGUUAAAAGAACAAAGUUACAAUUAAAUACAUCACCUGAUAAUUUUAUUAUACAAUCAACUCAAAAAAACAAUUCUAUUGAAAAUUAUUAACUGAUAAAAUCAAUUCCUGCUGAAUCAGCAGUAACAGUUACUCCUUUAGUAAAUGAAUUUGAUACGAAAAAAAUGGAUUAAGAAAAUCAAUCUCUACUUUAUAAAAUUGAAGAUCUCGAAUGCUAGUUACAUUAGGUUUAUAAAAGUUUGAAUAGUUCACCCUCAAAGUCUAUGUAGAAUCUUGAUUUAUAUCCUGAUAAUAGACUGCUUUUUUUAGGAGCUUCUUCUGAAUAAUUAAUACUGGGAAACACAGAGAGCCAAUUGAAUGGAUAACUUUAUACUUUUGAAUAAGUUAAAUAGCUUAUAUUGUAAGUAGAAAACCUUAAAAAUACUUUAAAAGAUUAAUAAAACUAGCUAGUUUUGUGGUAAGAGCGUUAUAAUAAUUUAGAAAUAGUUCACCAAUCACUUCUUUCAGAGAAGGCAUCCAACUAUUUAGAACAUAUUUAGAUAAAUCCUGAUUAAAGUAGUAAAGAAUAACUAAAAGAAUAGGUUCAGAGUUUGCUUAGACAAAUUGAUGAUAUGAAUCUUAUCACUAAAAACUAAGAGAAUGAAAUAACAUUUUUGAAAAUGACUGUCUAGUAGAAAAAUAUAGAAAUUUAAGAUUAAUAAAUCAAGUUAGAAUCCAAAGAGGCAACAUAUUAAAUGAUUAAAAAAAGAAUGCAGGAUUUAGAAGAAUAAAACAUCUAAGCAUAUAGUUAAAAGGGUUAACUAAAGGUCUAAGUUAAAUAAUUAUAAGAGCUAUUUGAUAACCAAAAGACAGAGUUAAAUAAUGUCUAUCAACUACUAAAGACCAGAAGUUUGGAUUUAGAAAGCUGUCAAAAAUAGAUUGACGAGCAAUAAAACUAAAAUAGGAAAUAAUAAAUUUCUCUUUAGAUUUACCAAAAAGAAAUGGAUGAUCUUGUUACUAAAAAUAAUAAAUUAUAAAACUAGAUUUAUGAAUUGAUAAAUUAAAAUGCAUAGAAUAAUACUCAAAACUUUUUAUUAAACCAACAAAAAGAAUUAAGUCAAAAUUUGUUACAAAAGCUGAAUUCAUAACUUAAAACAAGUAACAAUGAGUCUAAUUUGAAUAGUAACGUCUAAUAAAAUAAUUAUAUGUCUAAUACAGGAUAUUAAUUUAAUUUUCCUGUAGUUAAUUCGUAUGAAUACCCUAUUCAGUAAAAUUAAAAUUCAUAUUAGCCAAUUUAAGUUCGAAAUUCAUUUGAAAAUCCAACUUUUGGAAAUCUGAAUAGUUUAAAUACUGCGAAAAAUUUAACUUCUGAAAAUCAGCUAUCUAGAGAAACCUCUAUUCCUUAAAAUUAGCUCUCAUCCUAAAAUUAGAAUGUUUGCAAUCAACAAUAAGAAUGUUCUUAAAUACCUCCUAUAUAGUUUAGCAGUUAAAUCACAAAUAAUUAGAAUAACAGAAUAUCCAAUUUUAGUGAUUUUGAACUAACAAAGUCAAAAAUAGAUGAAAACUUUAAUACUUAAGUAAGUAAUACGAUCGAGAAAUCAGUAUAUAUUUCUCAAUGA